CUCCCGCUGGUGUCUGGAGGCUCAGAGAGCCCCACACUCAGGAGGCCCACGGCGCUGAAGGAGACCCCAAGGCAGCAGCAAGACCCCAGAGGAAGGACGAGUACCCCAUAGAAGACAGUGCGGCACUCUGGGCAGAAGGGGGUGCUUGUACCCAGGCAGCGGAUCAGCGGCAGCUGCUCCAUGCAGAACUGAAGUGGGUUCUGCAGCAGAAGGGGGAGCGGAAGCAGGACUGGAGGGUCCAGGGCGCUGCCAGAGACGUCAUGGAGGCCAGGAGUCGAAGCGCCGAGGAGCUGAGGCGGACGGAGUUGGUGGAGAUCAUCGUAGAGACGGAGGCGCACACCGGGGUCAGCGGCAUCAACGUAGCGGGCGGCGGCAAGGAGGGAAUCUUCGUCCGCGAGCUGCGCGAGGACUCGCCCGCGGCCAGGAGCCUCAGUCUGCAGGAAGGGGACCAGCUGCUGAGCGCUCGUGUGUUCUUCGACAACUUCAAAUAUGAGGAUGCGCUCCGCCUGCUACAAUGCGCCGAGCCGUACAAGGUCUCCUUCUGCCUAAAGCGCACUGUGCCCACCGGGGACCUGGCACUGCGGCCUGGGACAGUGGCUGGCUACGAGAUCAAAGGCCCGCGGGCCAAGGUGGCCAAGCUGAACAUCCAGAGUCUGUCCCGUGUGAAGAAGAAGAAGAUGAUGGUGCCGGGGGCCCUGGCGGCCUCUGCCGACCUGGCGCCUGUUGAUGUCGAAUUCUCCUUUCCCAAGUUCUCCCGCCUGCGCCGGGGCCUCAGAGCCGAGGCGGCCAAGGGUCCACUCCCUGCUGCCCCUGCUCGCCGGCGCAUUCAGCUGCCUCGGCUGCGGGUCCGAGAAGUGGCUGAGGAACCCCAUGUGGCCAGGCUGGCAGCCGCUGCUCCCCCACCCAGGAAGGCCAAAGCAGAGGCAGAAGUGGCUGCAGGGGCCCCGUUCACAGCCCCGAAGGUGGAGCUGGUGGCUCCUCGGCUGCCAGGGGCUGAGGUGGGCAUCCCUGCCCCCAAGGGAGAGGUGGCCCCAGUCACGGAGGCAGCCCCUAGCUUUUCCCUCCACCUGCCAAGCCUUGGGUUAGGGGCCCCAUCUGUAGCAGUGGUGGAACCACCAGCUGGAGGGAUCCAGGUCCCCCAAGUAGAGUUGCCCACCUUGCCCUCUUUACCCGCUCUGCCCACUCUUCCCUGCCUGGAGACCCGCGAAGGGGCAGCAGCGGUGACAGUGCCUGUCCUGGAUGUGGCCGCACCCGCAGUGGGUGUGGACCUGGCCUUGCCGGGGGCAGAGGUGGGGGCUCUAGGAGAAGUGCCGGAGGUGGCCAUGAAGAUGCCUCGCCUCAGUUUCCCCCGCUUUGGAGCUCGAGCAAAGGAAGCAGCCGAGGCCAAGGCAGCCAAGGGCAGUCCUGAAACCAGGGUGAAGGGACCCCGACUCCGAAUGCCCACUUUCGGGUUCUCUCUCCUGGAGUCCCGGCCCACUGCCCCUGAAGUGGAGACCAAGCUGAAGCUGCCCACCCUCAAGAUGCCCUCCUUCGGCAUUGGGGCCUCAGUGCCUGACGUCAAGGCACCCAGGGGUCCUGAAGUGAAGCUCCCCAAGGCCCCUGACAUCAAACUCCCGAAAGUGCCCGAGGCCACCCUCCCAGAGGUGCAUCUCCCGGAACUCCAGCUCCCCAAGGCUCCAGAGAUGAAGCUCCCGAAGGCGCCUGAGAUGGCCGUGCCCGACAUGCAGCUCCCAGACCUACAGCUGCCGAAAGUUUCAGAAAUGAAGCUCCCAAAGGUGCCUGAGAUGGCCGUGCCCGACAUGCAGCUCCCAGACCUACAGCUGCCGAAAGUUUCAGAAAUGAAGCUCCCGAAGGUGCCUGAGAUGGCCGUGCCCGACAUGCAGCUCCCAGAAUUACAGCUGCCAAAAGUCUCGGAAAUGAAACUCCCAAAGGUGCCCGAGAUGGCCGUGCCCGACAUGCAGCUCCCGGACUUGCAGCUGCCAAAGGUUUCAGAAAUGAAGCUUCCGAAGGUGCCCGAGAUGGCUGUGCCCGACAUGCAGCUCCCAGAACUGCAGCUUCCCAAAGUCUCUGAGCUGAGACUCCCCGAGAUGAAACUCCCAAAGGUGCCUGACAUGGCUGUGCCGGACGUGCACCUCCCGGAGCUGCAGCUGCCUCGAGUUUCAGAGAUGAAGCUCCCGAAGAUGCCCGAGGUGGCAGUGCCGGACAUGCAGCUCCCUGAGCUGCAGCUGCCGCGGGUUUCAGAGAUGAAGCUCCCGAAGAUGCCUGAGGUGGCCGUGCCGGCCAUGCACCUCCCCGAGCUGCAGCUGCCGCGAGUUUCGGAGAUGAAGCUCCCGAAGAUGCCUGAGGUAGCCGUUCCGGAUGUGCACCUACCCGAGCUGCAGCUCCCUAAAGUCUCUGAGUUGAAAGUGCCCGACAUGAAGCUCCCAGAGAUAAAAGUCCCGAAGGUGCCAGACGUGGCGGUGCCCGAGAUGCACCUCCCGGAGAUGCGGUUGCCAGAAGUGCAGGUGUCCAAAGUGCCGGAAGUUCACCUGCCCGUGGCCCCCGAGGUGCAAAUUAAAGCAGCUGGGGUCCAGCAGGCAGAGGGCAAGGAAUUUGGCUUCAAGAUGCCCAAAAUGACGAUGCCCAAGCUGGGGAGGGCAAAGUCGCCUCCUCGAGGCAAGCCGGGAGAGGCAGGGACUGAGGUGUCGGGGAAGUUGGUGACCCUCCCCUGUCUGCAGCCCGCAGUGGGCAUCGAGGCACGAGGGGAAGGUCCAUCUCUCACGUUACCCUCUGUGGAGAUCGACCUGCCAGGUGCCCUUGGCCUGGAGGGCCAGGUCCAAGCAGCAGGACUGGGCAAGGUGGAGCGGGCAGAGGGCGCUGGUGUGGCAGCAGGAGCGGGUGUGGCAGAGGUGACCGGGGAAGGAGGCACCUUCCGGAUUCCUGCGGUUGAGCUUGUCACUCCUCAGUUGCCUACGCUCGAGGCUGAAGAAGGGGCGCUGGAGGCAGCAGAGGUGAAGGUGAAGCCCGCCUCCAAGUUCUCGCUGCCCAAGUUUGGACUCGUGGGGCCGAAGAUGACCAAGGCCGAGACUGAGGGGAUCAGGAGGGCUUCGAAGUUGAAGGGGUCCAAGUUCACCAUCUCCCUGCCCAAGGCUCGGCUGGGGACAGAGGCGGAGGCCAAAGGGGCCGGGGAGGUGGGCCUGCUGCGGGCCCUCGAUCUCUCCCUGCCCCGCGUGGGCCUGGAUGCCCACCUGCCCACGGGCAAGGCAGAGGUCGCGGGCGCCGACGUCAAGCUGAAGGGGCCCAGGUUUACACUGCCCAAGUUUGGAGGCCGGGGCCGUGAGGCUGAGGUGGGGGAGCUUGAGACUGGGGUGGCCGAGUUGGAGGGCAGGGGCCGGGCAUGGGAGGGGAAGGUGAAGAUGCCCAAGCUGAAGAUGCCCACCUUUGGGCUGGUGCGAGGGAAAGAAGCAGAAAUUCUGGGGGUCCGUGUCAGCCCUGGGGCUAAGCCAGAAUCCCCCGAGAUGGCAGCGGCAGUGCUUAAGUUCCCUGAUGUGGAGCUGGUGACACUAGGAGUUCAGGAGGAAGGGAAGGCAGAAGGGGGGGUGGCUGUCAGUGGGAAACAGCUCUCAGGCCACACCGUGCAGGUGACUACGGUGAGGCCGCCGGGCUCCGAGGGCCAGGAUGGAGGGAUCAAGAUGCCCCCACUGGGCAUCUCCCUGCCCCAGGUAGAGCUGACGGGCUUCGGAGAGAUGGGACUGGGCACCAUCCAGGGCCAGCAGAUCAGUGGUGCUGCCCCUUCAGCAGAUGGCACGGCCGGUCACAGGGUCCAGGCGGCCGUGUCUUUGCCCCAAGCGCAGGUGUCGGCGGGUGAGCUGCUGGUGGGUGAGGGCGUCUUCACGAUGCCCACAGUGACACUGCCCCAGCUCGAGCUGGAUGUGGGCCUGAGGAGCCGAGAGGAGCAGAUGGGUGAGGCUGCCCCCGCCAAGGGUGGAACGAGGCAGAUGCCCACGUCGGGGCCAGGGGCAGAAGAGGCCACGGACAGGCCUCCAGCCACCGAGCGCACCUUCCACCUCUCGCUGCCCGACGUGGAGCUCUCGCCACCUGGCGUGGGCAGCCAUGCCGAGUACCAGGUCGCAGAGAGCGAGGGGGAGGCUGGGCCCAGACUCAGGGUGAGGCUGCCGCGGUUUGGCCUGGCCCGGGCCCGGGACGGGGCUGAGGAGGGCGAGAAGGCCAAGAGCCCAAGGCUCCGGCUACCCCGUGUAGGCUUCAGCCCCGGCGAGGCCUCCCCGCGGGACCGGGAAGGGGACGGCUCCCCCAGUCCUGAGGAGGAGGAAGAGGGUGUUGGUGAAGGGGCAUCUGGGCGCCGAGGCCGGGUCCGGGUCCGCCUGCCUCGGGUGGGCUUGGCCUCCCCGUCCAAGUCCCCUGGCGGGGAGAAGUCCCCCAAGUUCCGCUUCCCUCGGGUGUCGCUGAGCCCCAAGGCCCGGAGCAGGAGUGGGGAUAAGGAUGAAGGUGGCUUCCGGGUCAGGCUGCCCAGUGUGGGCUUCUCAGAGUCAGGGGCUCCGGGGCCCGCAAGGGUGGAGGGGGCUCAGGCAGUGGUUAUCUGA